UCCUGCUGUUUAAUCCUUGUAAGUCAAGAAUGGAGUUUCAACCAUUUUCUCUGUUCUCUCUCAUGCACCUCUUCUCCACCGUCUCCUAUGGCACACUGUGUCUUUCACUCGCCACAAUCACCCUUCUCUCCCUCACUCUUUUAUCGUCUCUCUCCUUCAGCUGGCCCAGAAUAAACAUCUUCUUCUGUAACUGCCAAACUUGCCAGGCCUAUCUCACUUCAAGCUGGUCCAAAACCUUCCACAAUCUUUGUGAUUGGUACGCUCAUCUCCUCCGAAACUCCCCCACCAAAACCAUCCACAUCCACCUCCUCCAAAACACCAUCACCGCCAACCCCGACAACGUCAAGUACAUUCUUAAAACCAGGUUCCACAACUUCCCCAAGGGGAAAACCUUCUCCGCCAUCCUCGCCGAUCUCCUCGGCGGAGGAAUCUUCAACGUCGACGGAGACUCCUGGUGCUUCCAGAGGAAGAUAGCCAGUUUAGAACUCAGCAAGGCCUCCAUACGAUCCUUCGCUUUCGAGGUCGUCAGAUUCGAAAUCCAGCACCGACUCCUCCCUCUCCUCGCUCUCUCCAAACAAAACGACUGUGUUUUGGAUUUGCAGGAUGUGUUCAAGAGAUUCUCCUUCGACAGCAUUUGUAAAUUCUCCUUCGGGUUGGACCCUAUGUGCCUUGAGCAGUCUUUGCCUAUAUCGGACUUCGCUCUUUCCUUUGACUUGGCGUCAAAGUUGUCCGCGGAGAGAGCCAUGUCGGUGUCCCCUCUAAUUUGGAAGAUAAAAAGGUUCUUCAACGUGGGCUCGGAGAAGAAGCUACAAGAAGCGGUUAAAAAGAUCAACAUCUUAGCGAAGGAGGUGAUAAGACAAAGAAGAAAAACGGGGUUUUCGUCUCACAGGGACCUUUUGUCACGGUUCAUGAGCUGUGUGAAUGAUGAGACAUACCUGAAAGAUAUCAUCGUGAGUUUCUUACUAGCUGGUCGUGACACCGUGGCUUCGGCUCUGACCAGCUUUUUCUGGCUAGUGGCAAAACACCCCGAAGUGGAGUCGAAGAUUGUGGUGGAAGCAGAGGGAGUAAUAAGAGGAGAGAAGUGGAGCUUCGAGGAGCUUCAAGAACUGCACUAUUUAGAAGCGGCGGUGUAUGAGAGCAUGAGACUGUACCCUCCGAUUCAAUUGGAUUCAAAGUUUUGUUUGGAGGAUGAUGUGUUGCCUGAUGGGACUUUGGUGAAGGGAGGGACUAGGGUUACUUACCAUCCUUACGCAAUGGGUCGUUUGGAGGAAAUAUGGGGUUGGGAUUGCUUGGAGUUCAGGCCGGAGAGGUGGUUGAAGAAUGGUGUGUUUUGCCCCGAGAACCCGUUCAAGUACCCGGUUUUUCAAGCGGGUAUGAGGGUGUGUUUGGGCAAAGAAAUGGCUGUGUUGGAGCUCAAGAGUGUGGCCAUUUCGUUGCUUCGGAGGUUCCACAUCGAACAGGUGGCACCGCAUCAUCACACCCCGCGUUUCUCCCCUGGCCUCACUGCUACUUUAAGUUGCGGCCUUCGCGUGAAGGUGCGUGAUCAAGGUACCCAACAGCGGCAACACCCUCUUCAUCAUUCACAAUAAACAUGCGAAUGAAUGAGUGAAUGUUCCUUACUAUGGUUGUUCUUGUUCUGGAGAGACAAAAUAUAAAUUAGUUUGUGUUUAAAAUUUGCCAGAAUUGGAUGAGCAUAUGUAAUGUCAUAUUGUGAUUAAAUUAGUGGAGAUGGUUUAAAUUGAUAGAGUGAUUAAGGAGGAAAUGACGGAUGCAAUCAAGAGGGGACGGGGACGGGAGCUGAACACUGCACCACUGGAAUGGUGUCGCGUCAUUGGAUAUUACUCUCCUGAAUUCGAUUCUAAGGAAACAAGCUUAUAUUUUCAACAUAAUUACAAUCUCAUAUGCAUAUAAAAUAUUCGUUAC